AUAAUAAUAACACUGUACAUCUGCAGUUCACACCAUCAGCCCAAUAGAGGGCGAUAUAUAUUUCUAUUCUUGCACAGAGAAUCAGUAACUAAUCUCAGAAGCUGAGUAUCUCAUGGUAUAUGUGUGUGUGUGUGUGUGUGUGUGUGUGUGUGUGUGUGUAUGCUUGUGUUUUUGUCUCCACCUCUCUGUCUUGUUUAAUUUUCUCAUCUUCCUAUCUCACAUCCUGUCUGGUAUACCCAGAGUGGUACUGUGUGUGUGUGUGUGUGUGUGUGUGUGUGUGUGCGUGUGUGUGUGCAUGUGUGUAUGUGUGUGUGUGUGUGUGUGUGUGUGCGCGCACAUCCUACUUCAUCCUGUUCCGCUGAAUUCGUGGCCUCACACACACACAUCUGACACAUAUUGAGUCUCUCUAGAGUCAUACACACAAAUCACACCUUUAACCUGCGCACAUGCGCUCUUUCUCACACACACACAUACACACACACACACACACACACACACACACACAAACAGAGAUGACUUGUUAUUUUUGUCACACACUCGUCAGCAGCUCUCAGAUAAGUAAAGAUGAUUGAGUCUAGUUAACGCUUUCUCAGAUGUCUCCUCCUGCUCGAGUUUAUUGAGACGUUGUCAUUCCAUAUAUUCCAUCUUUUGCUGCUGUUGUUCUGUGGAAUCUCGCACCAGCACACGUCUGGAUCUGAACACUACAGACAAAGAUUCAAGCUACACUCACAGAGUAGGAAAUAAUCUAUCUAUCCAUCCAUUCAUCCGUUUCCUCAUCUAACCAUCUUUUCAUCCAUCCAUUGGCUGUCAUUUAAUUAUUAACAUGUAUUAUUAUAUUUAUUGUUUACAUUUUCUUUUCUUAUUUCACAGUUAUUCUCAAGCUCUCCAUCUCUCCUACACCUCUUCAAACAUCUAAACAUAUUCAUCAAUCUCUCCAUCCAUUUAUUUAUCAAACCAUCGAUCGAACAGUUCAUCUAAAUUCAUUAAAUCCAUUGAUUCAGUUCAUUUAUUCUUUUUUCUUUUUCCUACCUUAACAGAGAGAAAGUGUAUAAAUGAACAUCUAUCUAUCUCACUAUCAGCCUCUCAGUCUCUCCUCUCCGUCUGUCUCUCCAGCAAGAGCGCUCGAUGAAGAAGCUUCCCCCACCCCCUCCACAACAUGACUCUGAGGAGCAGGUGAGAGUAGUAGCUCUGUACAACUUCACAGCAUGCGAGAGUUCAGACCUGAACCUGAGGAGAGGAGAAGAGUACAAGAUCCUCCACAAACAGGACCAGCUGUGGUGGAGAGCAGAGGACAAACAUGGGAAUAAAGGUUUUAUCCCGAGUAACUAUGUCACAGAGAAACACAACAUAGAGGCUAACGAGUGGUACUGCAAGAACAUUAGCAGGUCUGAAGCUGAAAAUAUGCUUAGACAGGAGGAUAAAAAUGGUGGUUUUAUUGUGAGAGAAUCCAGCCAGCCAAAUCGCUACACAGUGUCCGUCUACGCCAAGGCCAAAAGGGAAAGCCUGGGUGAUGUGAAACAUUAUCAGAUAAAGCAGACGGAUGCAGGAUGUUUCUUUCUGGCUGAGAAUUACAUCUUCAGCUCCAUUCCCGAUAUGAUAAAUUACCACAAACACAAUGCUGCAGGUCUUGUAACGAGAUUGCGUUAUCCUAUCGGCCCAAUGGAGCAGUGUAUCCCUACAACUGCAGGCUUUAGCUCAGAUAAGUGGGAGAUUGACCCAUGUGAGCUGACCUUCAUGAAGGAGCUCGGCAGUGGAGAAUUCGGAGUGGUGCGACUAGGAAAAUGGAGAGCACAGCACACAGUGGCCAUAAAAGCCAUCAGAGAGGGAGCCAUGAGUGAAGAGGACUUUAUAGAGGAGGCUAAAGUCAUGAUGCGGCUGUGUCACCCUAAGCUGGUACAGAUCUAUGGUGUGUGUACCACACAGCAUCCCAUCUGCAUCGUGUUGGAGUUCAUGGAGAAAGGCAGUCUGCUGCAGGAGCUCCGUCAACAUGGGAGCAGUCUGGAGUGUGUGAGGCUUCUGGCCAUGUGCCAGGACGUGUGUGAGGGCAUGCAGUACCUCGAAAACAACAACUUCAUACACAGAGACCUGGCUGCCAGGAACUGUAUGGUGAAUGAGAAAAAUGUUGUCAAAGUUUGUGAUUUUGGCAUGGCAAGAUAUGUGUUAGAUGAUCAGUACACAAGCUCUUUGGGCUCUAGGUUUCCAGUGAAAUGGUCUCCACCUGAAGUUUUGCACUACAACAAGUUCAGCAGCAAAUCAGACGUGUGGUCUUUUGGUGUGUUAAUGUGGGAGGUGUUCUCUGAAGGACGCACUCCGUUUGGGAAUCGUCCGAACCCUGAGGUUGUGGACGAGGUGACGCAGGGAGUGAGACUUUACAAACCUCACAAAGCUCCAAAAUACAUCUACGACAUCAUGUACAAGUGCUGGCAUGAGAGGCCUCAGGGUCGGCCCUCAUUCUCCAGCCUGCUGCAGAGCAUUGAAGACUUCAAUGAGGAGUUCCACGCUUUAGAUGAGACACAAACAACAACACAAACUAGAUGACACACAACACACACCACUGGAUACAUGAAAGAUUGCAAUGACUGUGUCUCAAUCUGGGUUUUUUUAAUGAAAGUGAAACUGGAGCCAAAACAGGACUGGUAAGCACUGGCUCCGCCUCUUGCUGCACCCAUAACGCUGAUGAUUGCAGGACUUGAUAUCCAUGAACAUGUGGCAAACUCAUACUGACCAGCAAACUUUAUUAAUUAUUACAUAUAAUACUGAACUGCAGAUCUUUUACUCUGGUGUGUUGAGCUUUGAGUGAUCACUGUUCACUUACAAGACUGUUCACUGACUGUUCACUGACUUUACUGUUCACUGACUUUACUGUUCACUGACUUUACUGUUCA